GUGUGGGCCUCCUCGUGUGUGACAUGCCCCGUCGUUCUCUUAAUACCGUUGUCGAAUGACCCUUUCCAUGCUCAUGUUUCCCUCUUUGCUCCUCUUGCCAGUCCAUUCCUCGUUUGUGUCACUCGACUGCUUCGUUAUCGACUGCUGGACAGCGACAACGGGACAACAACACUCGCUUUGGUAACAAGCAGCUGGGUCGUGCUUUGGAACGCAACAAGUUGGGUCGUCGAGAGUACUCGGCUUGGGAUUUUGCGAUGGACAACCGGGAUAUAGUCGGUCUCAGCAUGGCGUUGCCUCCACCUCCCCUUCCUACCAAGGAACCUUUCAGGCCAUCUUCUACAAGUCCGCAGGAGACAAUGCCUUCUACAAGCACACCGCCGGCACCCAACAGACCGCUACCACCGACACCAAACUCAAGGAAAAGCACAACACACAGCCGAUCUGGAUCAGUGUCAAGCACUUUCAGCUCUCCAAGCCCGCCGCCGGCUCAACCACCACCCUUAAAAUUACAAGCUUCGCUGAGCACGAUCUCGGAAACACGGCCCGAAACGGCGUCAUCACUAGGAAAGAAAUCUGGGCAUUCAAGACUACACACACAGUCGUCAUGGACAUCUCUAGCUUCGACCACAAGGACCAUCAAAUAUGGGCAAGGCAAGCACAGUGGAGUUGAGCUGUCGCCGCAACCAAGUGAUGAUCCUGAAGACCCAUUGAACUGGCACCGCUGGCGAAAGGAGAUCAGCUUUUAUGCUCUGCUACUGAUGGUAGCUUUAACUGGAGUUAUGAAGACAGCCUUCAUCAGUGUAAAUGCUCAGGCAGCUGAUGGGUAUCGUGUAUCAUACACUGCCGCCGCGGCGUUGACCGGCGUUCCCUUGAUUCUGUCUGCUUUUACUGGGCUCGUCAGUCUUAUUAUAUCGAAAAUAUGUGGCAAAAGACCGCUGUAUCUCAUCUCAUUAGUACUUUUAUUCAUUGGUACCGUUUGGAACACCAGCGUGAGGACCAGCUACAGCCAAUGCGUGGCCGCAAGGGUUUUCCAAGGUUUGGGAUGGGGUGUCAUUGAUACGCUGGUCCAGAGUUCUAUCUACGAUAUAUUCUUUGAACACGAACGCAACCUUCGGCUUUCCAUUUACACCAUUAUCGUCGUCACAACUACAUGGGGUCCACCACUGCUUGGUGGGAUAACAUCGCGAGGCCACACUGGGUUCGAGUUACAGUUCACAGUUCUCAGCUGCUUUUUUGUCCUUGCCGUCCCGGCCAUUGCCCUCGGUGUGCCUGAGACAGCAUAUGACCGCACUGAUACACUACCGCGAAUUGAUGAGGGUAGUGAAAGUCCGUACAAGGAGUCCAUGUGUCAGGGUAUUCGACGGGACCGUAUCUUGGAUGCCAUCAACGACUACAUUGUGAAGAUGAAGCCAUAUUCCUACACCAGUGGAUCGGCAGAUUCGGUCACCCUGCUCGAAGCACCUCGUGCUUUCAUUGCACCUACUACAGCAAUUCUUUUUUUCACAUCCCUCUUUCCAUAUUCAUCACUGUGGGCCUUGAGCUCGACUCUCUCCCUUCUGUUCCACUCUGUCUACACCACAACCACCAUCGGCGUUCUUAUGACGGGUCCCUGGCUUCUCGCCACCGCUACGGCAACCGUCCUGACGCUCCUACCGUUCUUCAUACCUCGAUUACAGUCGCGAUUUCCCGUUUUGUCCUCUCUUCCAACGCAGUUCAACAACAAGGUCAUCGCGGUUGCCAUCACAGCCGGUUCAUUCCUCUUCUUUAUCGGCAUCCUUACCUUUGGCCUUCAUACCAACGUGGGCAUUGACAAUGGCAAGAUUUUGAGUAUGAACCUCCCAGCAAUCAGCUUCGUCCUCGGUCUCCUCGCUGCAGGGGCGUACGUCUUCGACGCUAUCUCUCGUCCCUUGAUUAGGCUGAGCACUGCGUCAACGUCCUCCCCCGACAACCAGACUACUGCUACCAGACACGAAAACGAUAUGGCGGCCGGCGUAGCAUGUUGGAGGACCUUGUUUGCCGGCAUUCUGGUUAUUGCGGUUCCUAGUGGGAUCUCGAGUUCGAGUAGCGGUGCGGCUUUGUCGUCAGGGCAUGGGUUGAGAGAUAUGUGUAUUGGGUUUGCAGUGGUACAGACAGUUAUUGCGGCCAUAGUGGCGGGUGUGUGGUGGUUCUACGGGGAGCAGGUUAGGAGAUGGGAUGGGGUGGUGAUCAAGUUAGAGGAUUCAGGGACUUCGGGAAAGGGAUCGAAGGGAAGGGAGGGCAGUUUCUUUGAUACGGAUUAAGGACCUCAAGGAUGACGAACUGGCUUGGGUAAAGGGUGAAUGACUGCGACGAAUAAUGACGAUUAUGGAAACGGUAUGGACAUAGGACACUCACUUACGAUUCACGGACAGCGGACGGUAAACGGCAAAAGGAAAUUGUGGACCGGUAGAGCAUCUUCCUUCAGGAAAGGAAGUUGGGCUGGAGAGUAAUUGAUCACUAUGGGAUGUUCGGUACGACGGUAAUUAGGGGUCGUAUGCUGUGGGGAAAUUAAUAGCAAUACCCAAACCCAACAAAAAUAGUCUUGCCAACUAAAUAAUCUUCGUGUCUGCCUUGCCAAUGGUCUUUUUAUUCCGGUCUCAACAAUAAGGCCGAUUUGAAUAGGCUUGUAACUUGUGC